CAGAACGAUGUCGGUAAGGACCUGCUCGUAUUGGCUCGUAACCUUGUCGAUCAAGGCAAGCCUUCUCAGGCUCUUCAAGCGGCUUCUGAAGACUGCAUUGAUGGUACAAGUAUUGGUGGUGUUUUCCGAUAAAUGGAGGACUGAAGUAGGCUCGCCCUUGUUAGGCUGGCAGCAAUAAUACAACUGAAUACAUGCUAUUAGUUUAAGUUGGGUCCAGUAGACUAAUGAGUUUUCAUCUUUUAAUCCUAUUCUUGAACCACAUCUGAUUAAAGAACACUUCUUUUUUAGGGCUAUAUUAUAUAUUUUUUCAAGAUUUGACCUGAAAAAAGGUGUUCAUCGUGCAUCUUUUGGUGUGAACCAAUACUUGUUUGGUGGUGAUGGCCAUGAGAACUAGAGGCGGCGAUGAAGCUGUAUUUCAGUCAUUGUACCGUGCUCGUGAAGUGUACAGAACUAGAAUGCAAGAAAACACCGCAGUUGAUCAGCUGGCUUCUCUGUUUGCUGAGUGUGUGAUAGCUGAAGCCCAGCCGAUAAAAGCUGAAACAUUACCAUGCAACACUAACGUUCCGCCAGUUGCAUCAGAUGCUCAGGGAACUUCCAUUCUUGCCGAAACAGGCAGAAUGCAAAUUGUAUUGGAUGCAUUCUCUGAUGGAAGCAGCUUUAUCUGUUUACAGUGUGGCGGUCUUGUUAGUAAUCAUCGCAAAGACGAGCAUUAUGCAUAUUGGUGCGGCCAUAUGUAAAUUCGCUCACUUUAUAGACUUCUUGCAGUGUGCUUGAUCCCGAGAACUCAUGUCUGCCUUGUGGAAUCGGCACAACUGCAACUGGUGUACCACCUUUGACAAUCUGUGUAGAUUGUCUUCCAUUUGCCAAUCAAAAGUGAAGCAAAUACGUUUCUUUGCUAAUAACUAGGAUACUGCACUCCAGCAGUGAUAAGGUUUAUGUCACAGAAUAUGUUUGAAAUUUGAUGGACUGAACAAUGAUGUAUCAUAUUUAUUAUUGUACCAAAGUUGUUUAAUCAAACACAAAUAAACCCCUUUAUG